AUGGAGGAGGUAGAGUGUGUUCUACUCAGCAAUGCAGCAGCGGCGGCGGCAAAGCGGUUCGAUGGACACGACCCAGAAAAGAGGCAGAAGUCUAAGGAACACCCGAUGAGAGUCUGGAGAAUUGAGACGCGGGGAGGGGUCGGAAGGGAGGUGAUCAGACAACGGGAAAAACGCCACGGGCACGAGUUGGUUUAUGAGGAGGAGGAAAAAAGGAGGACGGACGGGGAAGGACACGAGCAAUGGAGCAAGCAGCAGCAGCAGCAACAGGCGGCGAUGCGAAAAGUUGUUGAGAUGGUCAAAAGGGGAAAAUUCCGAUCCAGAAGGUCAAGGUACCCUACCCUAGCGCAGCCAAUCAUGGGCCGUGCCUGGGCCUAUGCUCAUUUGGGUACCUGGUCGUCCAGCGACUCCAGCGUACCCACUCGACGUAGGUACCUGGGUUUCCAAGGCACUGAUACUGCCUGUAGCGCGCAAACACGUGACCCAGCUAUGUCACCGCCUGAAUGCUCCGGUAGGCUUACGUCGUUCGGAUACUGCGGUCUGUUCGACCCUUGGCAACACCACAAACCAUCCUACAGACAACGAACAUACCGUCAGCUGCCAGACGACGCGGGCCGUUGCAACCCAGUCUUGGAGACCUUGCAGGUUGGUUCCAUGCGUUCCAUGUUGGAGAGGUCUUACUCUUCGGGGACGGGAGUCUUGGGUUGCGCUGAACAAGGUCCAGUUAGCCGUCGGGCUAACCCACUGCCAACUCGACCUAGCCCCAAAACAACCGUCACGGCCGCAUGUACCGAGUACCUCGACUGCUCGUGA